AUGGAUGAGAAUGGGGAGGAGAUCCUUGGGGAAGACUCUUAUUCCGCGCAGAAGGAACCGGAGAUUCUAGACCUCCAUAUCGACUGGAAGCUACUGGACGAGUCCUACGUAAACGGCCACAACCGCGAGGAAGAUGCGCCCACUGUACUCGCCACGCUGCUCGUAGAGUUUACCCCGAGCGAUCGCGCCCCGGACGAUUGCAACAAGGACAACCUUUUGGAAUCCGCCUACCGGCCCAGACAACACACAUUGACGUUGACAGAGGGGCGUUACAGAGUACGAUCGGGCGAACUCGGUUGCGAUCUGAUACGAAAGUACCGUCUGGCUUUGAAUCCUUCGCCGUACCCACCUCUGGAACACUGGACAGAAUAUUUGAAGGAGGUUGUCCAGAGGAUUCGUGUUCCAGAAUGGCAAUAUUUUCAUCGCGAAGACCUGGAGACUAUUGAGUAUCAAGCGAGAGAAGAUGCACUUCCUGCAAUGGAUGAAGACAAUUUCCUCCAAGAAGGGUCAGAAUGGACAAGAGGUCAUGGUUUGGGUUUUCGUUCCUCACAUGUUUUGGCUUUUGUAGAGUAG